AUUUAGGACAUGGGGUUCUAUAGCAUCUUGCUCUUUGCCAAUCUCCUCCUAACUGCAUCAUUUUCUACUGCUAAAGGGGAAGAAUGAAGAGUAUUGGCAGUGACUGGUCUUGGAAAGAAUAGCAAACUUUUGCACUAAAACUUCUGCGAUCUGGAUCUGAGAGUUUUUGAUUGAAAUGACAUGCAAACAUCCUUAUAUUCCGAAUGGUAUCUACUCACCUCUCAAGAUUGAACACAAAAUUGACGAUAUAAUCAUAUAUCGAUGUAAAUAUGGCUUCUAUCCUGUAGCCCGGAUACCUCUUGCAAGAUGUACAGGGGCUGGCUGGAUCCCGCCUCCAGUGUGUAUCUUAAAACCUUGUAAUUUAUCACAAAUUGAAAAUGGACAUCUAUUUGGAGAAGAGAUAUACACACUCUACCAGCCAGUCUCUACAGGAAAGGAGUUUCGCUAUUACUGCAACAGUGGAUUUGUGACUCCUUCAGGGUCACACUCAGGCUACCUCCGUUGCACAAUACAAGGAUGGCAGCCUGCAGUCCCAUGCCUCAAGAUGUGCUCAAAGUCAGAUAUAGAAAUUGAUAAUGGAUUUUUUUCUGAAUCUGAUUUAACUUAUGUUGUAAAUAAAACAACACAAUAUAGGUGUAAACAGGGAUAUAUAACAACAAAUGGAGAAGCAUCUGGCUCAAUUACUUGCCUACAAAAUGGAUGGUCAGCUCAACCCUCAUGCAUUAAGUCUUGUGAUGUACCUGUGUUUGAGAAUACAAAAUCUAAAAAUAAUAGCACUUGGUUUAAACUCAAUGACAAAUUGGACUAUGAAUGUCACGUUGGAUAUGAAAAUAAAUAUAAGCAUACCAAAGGCUCCAUAACUUGUACUCAUGAGGGAUGGUCUGAUAAGCCCUCAUGUUAUGAAAUAGAAUGCAGCAUUCCCAUAUUAGAUCCAAGCUUAGUUGUUUAUCCCAAGAAAGAAAAAUAUACAAUUGGAGAUUUGUUGAAAUUCUCUUGCCGACCAGGACACAGAGUUGGACCAGAUUCAGUGCAAUGCUACCAGUUUGGAUGGUCCCCUAGUUUCCCUACAUGUAAAGGUCAAGUAAGAUCCUGUGAUCAACAUCCUGAACUACUCAAUGGGAAAAUGAAGGGAUCAAAAAAAGUAGAAUACAGCCAUGGUGAGGUGGUGGAAUACGAUUGCAAACCUAAAUUUCUACUGAAGGGACCCAGUAAAAUCGAGUGUGUUGACGGGAAGUGGACAACCUUGCCAAUAUGUGUUGAGGAGGAGAGAACAUGUAAAGACAUUCCUGAGCUUCAGCAUGGCUCUGUUAAGUUUUCUGUCCCUCCAUAUCACCAUGGAGAUUCAGUGGAGUUUACUUGUGCAGAAACCUUCACCAUGAUUGGACAGGGGACAGUUUCUUGCAUUAGCGGGAGGUGGACCCAGCUUCCUCAAUGUGUUGCAACAGAUCAACUUGAGAAGUGUCAAGCAUCAAGACUAGUUGUAGUAGUGGCAAAUAAACCUGAGAAGGGUGAAUUUAAUCAUAACUCUAGCAUCAGUUACAAAUGUAGAGGAAAGCAGAAGUAUGGAUAUUCAAUCUGCAUUAAUGGAAGAUGGGAUCCUGAACUAACCUGUACAAGAAUAGAGAAAAUAUCCUGCCCUCCUCCACCACAGAUUCCAAAUGCUCAAGUGAUUGAAACCACAGUGAAAUACUUGGAUGGAGAAAAAGUAUCUGUUCUUUGCCAAGACAAUUACCUAACACAUGACCCAGAAGAAAUGAUUUGCAAAGAUGGAAGGUGGCAGUCAUUGCCACGUUGCAUUGCAAAAAUUCCAUGUUCCCAGCCCCCUAAAAUAGAACACGGAUCUAUUAAAUUACCCAGAUCAUCAGAAGAAAGGAGAGAUGCAAUAGAGUCCAGCAGUUAUGAACACGGAACAACAAUCAGCUAUGUCUGUGAUGAUGGUUUCAGGAUAUCUGAAGAAAAUGGGGUAACCUGCCAUAUGGGAAAAUGGAGCUCUCCACCGCGUUGUAUUGACCCAACAGGGAAAUGUGGGCCUCCUCCAGCUAUUGACAAUGGAGACAUCACCUCCUUCCCAUUACCAGUAUAUGCACCAUUGUCAUCAGUUGAGUAUAAGUGCCAAUCCUUCUAUAAAAUGCAGGGCAGCAAGAACAUAACCUGCAGAAAUGGAGAGUGGUCAGAGCCACCAAAGUGUUUACAUGCAUGUGUGUUAACAGAAGAAGUUAUGGGAAGACAGAACAUAAUUCUCAAGUGGAUAGAAAAUAGAAAGAUUUAUAUCCAGUCAGGGGAUUAUGUUGAAUUUGAGUGUAAAACUGGAUAUCAAAAGGCACAAGGAUCACCUGAAUUUCGUACAAAGUGCAUUGAUGGUCACAUCAGUUAUCCCAUUUGCUCAAAAUAAGUUACAACUACUAGUAGACUUUAUAAACAUCCUUUGUUUUGAAAGGUGUGUGCACAUUACUAAUACAGUUUCAAGUUACAUCUGAAGCAUUAACUCAUUUCUUCCAUAAGUACAACCUUCUGUUGACAAAUGGGAAUUAAUUUGGACAUGAGAGAUAGUUGGCAAAAAUUUAAAAAAAAGUAGUGCAUUCAAAAUUCUUAAUCCAAGUGGAAUGUGUCCUACCACAAAAUCAAUGGCCAGGAAAUAGAUGCAACUGCUUCAGUGUCUGUUUCUAUUCAGCACUUUCUUAAGUUGCUCCAAUCAUUAGGCAUACCAUUGUAUCUAAAUCGCUGAGUCCCAGUGAAUGGAAGAUGUUUUGUAUUAGUCUUCAAAUUAGUAUUAUUAAAUAAACAUACAACUAUAAAACUGUCAGACUUAUCAUUCCUAAUGAGUAUAAGUGUUACGCAAUUCUUUUAUACAAUAAAAUAUCUAAGAAGCAUUUUGUGUACGAAAUUCUAAAAUAAAGAUUUGGCACAAUAAAA